ACUUUCAUACCAAUGGAAAGUGGAAUGUUAUAUUUUCUUAUUGUUAUCUGGGCAACAUCACCUGGUGGUGAAGUUGGGCUACUUGAAGGCCUUACGGAAGGAGGGCGGACCUCUGCAUUUCGUUCAGAGGCAGCUGCCUGGGUUUUCAUAAAACAAGAUCAAGCGUUGCAAUCAGGAAAAUAUGGCAGGUCGACCUGAUAAAGAGAGAAGAGUAUAUACCACUACCAGCCUUCUAAUUCUGCAAUCACAAGUAGAAAGUGCUGUUACUAUAAAACAAAGGCUUUAUUCAGUUACUGUAAGGUUCAACUGCGGACAAGGGUGAUGUGAUAUGACAUGAAGUGUCUUUCUCUGUCUAGAGUCUGCAGAUGCUUCAGAUACACUUCAAACCAUGGAUUUAUGAGGGCUCUUUCUACACAAGAAGAGGUUCGAAUUUAUACCUUCCCUCCGAAAAGCACAUUCCAGUGCAUCAAAUCAUUCUCGAAGCUGCACCAUGUAUCCAGAUCAAACUAAGCUGAAGGCAGAAGACUUCUUAAUUGUUUCACUCACAGAUAGAACACCUCACCUCUAUCACCAUGGUCGAGCUGCAAAGUAAUCAAAGCUACGUCAGGUAUCCAUAAUCUUCACCAGCCUUGUAAAUUGGUAUUGCUUUUUCGCCCACCAUAGCGCUUCUAUAUGCACACCAGAAAUCACUCUACUUGGUAAAUUUUCCGAAUCAACCACAGAAGACACAUUUUAUAUAGAGAUCACUUCGUUAUAUGCUAUCAGUUGCUUUUUUCUGAAAGACUUGCUCAAUAAUUGUUACUCGUAUGUUUUCAAAAUUAAAAUAAUUGUUAUCUAACGCGAAUGACUAAAAAUAGAGAGAAGACAACACAAAAGAAAAUAUACCAACACCCCAUCGCAUUCUCUGUCAUUUUCUUCGCAAAACAAUGCUCACCCUUCCUUUUCCUUCUCCUUCUCCAUUUCUCUCCUAUCUCGAUCUCUCUCCAUAACAUUCAUUCACUCUUUCUCUCUCCACAUUUCUUCUCUUCUCUCUUGAUUAGUAUCAUAAUAUUCCGUAAGAACAAAUGCUGAUCGAUGCGAUUCGAUUUAUAUAAUUCACUGAUCAUAUAAAAAAGAGACUAGUCAGGUGGCUGCAGGUAGCUGUUCCUCCUUCAUCUACUUGUACUCUGACGCACAACAUGACACAUGACACGGCGGAGACUUCUACCACUGACCACCUUGCAUGGCCUUUUGGCAGUCCCAUUGAUGGCCUUGACCCAGAUGACCUUAGCAUGGCUGCAUACGAAAUCUUCUUCACCUCAUGUCGUUCGUCCCCUGGUUUUGGAGGACGAACCACGCUCUCAUUCCACUCCUCUUCUACUGAUUUUGACAAACCCGGGUCCCCAGUGAAGGGAUCCGGGGUGGGGAUGGCCGUGACAAGCAGGGUAAAAAGGGCUCUGGGCUUGAAAAUGAUGAGGCGGUCUCUAACGUCUAGGAGGACUAAUUCGUGGGGCUCAUAUCCAGAUUCUCCUCGAGCUUCACCCCGGGCACAUGACGGGUCUGGGAGUCCGGUGUUCUCUCAUUCGCUUACUCAGCCUAGACAGAGACGGCCGUUGACAUCUGCAGAGAUCAUGAGGCAACAAAUGAGGGUGACAGAGCACAGUGAUAAUAGGCUUAGAAAAACGCUCAUGAGGACUCUUGUUGGCCAAAUGGGGAGGAGGGCAGAGACCAUAAUCCUUCCGUUAGAGCUACUCCGCCAUCUAAAGCCUGCUGAAUUCAACAAUCCGGUGGAGUACCAUGUAUGGCAAAAGCGUCAACUCAAACUUCUCGAGGCAGGGCUGCUCCUCUACCCUUCAAGUCCAGUUGAAAAAACAAAUGAAUUUGCAAUCCGUCUUCGAGAGACUAUCCAUUCUUGUGAGUCAAAACCAUUAGACACUGGUAAAAACUCUGACCAAAUGAAAACUCUAUGUAAUGAUGUAGUUGCAUUAGCAUGGAGAAGCCCUGAUGGAUCCGCAACUGAUGUGUGCCACUGGGCUGAUGGAUAUCCCUUCAACAUACGCUUAUACACAGCUCUUCUCCACUCCAUUUUUGACUUGAAGGAUAACACAUGUGUGCUUGAUGAGGUGGAUGAGCUUCUUGAACUUAUGAAGAAGACAUGGUCUACAUUGGGGAUCGAUAGGUCCAUUCACAACUUGUGCUUCACUUGGGUGCUCUUUGAACAAUACAUUGAGACCGGCAAAGUGGAGACUGAUCUUCUUGGAGCUUCACUUGCUAUGCUGGCAGAGGUGGCCAAUGAUGCAAAGAGGGUGGAUCGUCAACCAAUAUACGUGAAGAUGUUAGGCCAAGCAUUGAACUCCAUGAAAAAAUGGUGUGAUAAGAGAAUGCUUGACUACCAUGCUAAUAUUGAUAUGGAAGAUACAGGGCUGAUGGAGAGCAUUUUGCCCCUUGUUUCCUCAGCUACCAGGAUCCUGGAAGAAGAUGUCCCAGGCUAUACCGCAACUUCACAGGAGAAUGAUGAUGGUACAUCUUCAGAGUUUAGUGGGAAUAGAGUUGAUAUGUAUAUCAGGUCAUCAUUAAGACAUGCUUUCACAAAGAUGCUUGAUGACGGAAAUGUUAAUGUGGAUGUGGUUGAAGUAGAAGAAGCUGGUGAAACCCUUCUUCAGAUAGCUCAGGCUACAGAGGAAUUAGCAAUACUGGAGAAGGAAAAUUAUAGUCAUGUGCUAAAGAAGUGGCACCCGAUUCCUGCAGGCGUUGCAGCUGUGACACUACACACUUGCUAUGGAACCUUGCUGAAGCAAUACUUAUCCGAUUCAUGCUCACUUACACAUGAGACACUUAAAGUCUUGCAGAGGGCCGGGAAGCUUGAAAAGGCUUUGGUGCAGAUGGUGGUGGAAGACUCUGUGGAGAGUGAAGAUGGCGGCAAAACAAUUGUGAGAGAAAUGGAACCAUAUGAAGUUGAAUCAAUCAUAUUGAAGUCCGUCAAACACUGGGUUCAAGAAAGGUUGAAGGUGGGGAAUGAGCUUCUUCAAAAAUCUAAAGAAACUGAAACAUGGAACCCGAAGUCGAAGAAUGAGCCUUAUGCACAAUCUGCAGCAGAUCUAGUGAAACAUACGAAGAUAGCACUGGAUGAAUUCUUUGAAAUUCCAAUACCUGUGCCUGAGGACUUGGUUAAUGACAUAGCUGAGGGUUUAGAGAAUUUGCUCCAGGAAUACACCAAAUUUGUUUCAUCUUGUGGGUCAAAACAGAGCUAUAUUCCCACUCUGCCUCCUCUGACACGCUGCAACCGGGACUCGAAGUUCUUCAAGUUGUGGAAGAAAGCUGCCCCUUGCACAGCGCCCACAGAUAAUCCAUUCGGCACUGGUUCUACUCUUCCAGGUGAAGAAGGCAAUCCUCGACCUUCAACCAGUCGUGGAACACAACGCCUCUACAUUCGCCUCAACACCUUGCAUUACCUUCUAUCACAGCUCCACAUAUUCGACAAAAUACUUACGUUAUCCCCUAAAAUAGUUCCCUCACCAAAUAACCGCUUCACCAAUCGCAGUCACCAGCUUGGCAAUUCCUACUUUGAUGAAACACGAACCGCUAUUCAGUCUGCCACACAACACGUCUCAGAAGUUGCAGCCUAUCGUCUGAUAUUCCUCGACUCAAACUCUGCUUUUUAUGGGAGCGUAUAUGUUCACGAUGUAGAGAAUGCACGUAUAAAACCAGCUGUGAAGAUCCUCAAGCAAAACCUCACACUCUUAGGCGCAAUAGUAACAGAGAGAAUUCAACCAUUGGCGAUCAAAGAAGUAAUGAAGGCCUCUUUCGAUGUAUUCCUUAUGAUUUUGCUAGCUGGAGGGGGUUCCCGGGCCUUUAAUAGGCAAGAACACCCUAUGAUUGAGGAGGAUUUUGAUAGCCUGAAGAAAGUUUUUUCAACAGUUGGUGAAGGAUUGCUUGCGGAAGAUGUGGUGGAUAAGGAGGCCGAGACAGUGGAAGGUGUAGUCGCGCUGAUGGGACAGUCCACAGAACAGCUUGUCGAAGAUUUUAGUAUCGUUUCAACUGAGACUAAUGGCGCAAGCCCUGCUGGGGCAGGGCAAAAGCUGCCUAUACCACCAACAACCGGAAGAUGGAGUCGGGCGGAUCCGAAUACUAUACUAAGAGUCCUGUGCCAUAGAAAUGAUCAAGCAGCUAACAAUUACUUGAAAAGGACAUUCCAGUUAUCAAAGAGGAGGUAAAGAGUUUAAUAUUUCCAAAUGUACAAACAAGAAUAUAGAAGGCAUCAUUUUUUCAUGUAUAUAACUGGAUUUGAAUAAUUAUGUAGUUUAAAUAAUGUUGCAAUUUUGAAACAAGUGACUCCAACCUCCGUAGACCAUCCUUAUUCCUUAUCAGUUAUCCCUGUGUUCUUCAUGUAAAAUAUUGUUUCCUUAUAAUACAGAACUUAUUGGUUGUAACCAUUGA